AUGCAGAACAUCUUCCGGGAAAAACGGAUGAGCACAAUAAAAUAGAAAAAGGCUGGGCAACUUCCGAGAAAAACAGAUGAAAUAGCAAAGAAGAAUAAUUUUCAUUAAAAGCGUAGCAGAGAAGACAAAUAGACAUGGAGAAUCAUCAGAAUACAGAAUCAUCGGGAUCUGAUAAACAUACAACCAUUCAUGAUUGUGCUGAGUCAGGGGAUAUUGAUGCGUUUCAGAGGUUACUUGAAGAGAAUCCAUCUCUUCUCAAUGAAAAAAACGCAAUUAUGUUGGAGACACCCCUUCAUCUUUCGGCUGGUAACAACAAGACAGAAAUAGUGAAAUUUCUGCUUGAAUGGAAAGGAGAUGAUAAAGUUGACUUGGAAGCGAAAAAUAUGUAUGGAGAAACUCCAUUGCAUGUAGCAGCCAAGAAUGGGUCCAACGAAGCUGCAAAAUUACUUCUUUCUCAUGGUGCUCUUGUUGAAGCCAAAACUAAGUAUGGAGUGACGCCAUUGAUGCUUUCUGUCUUACACUCAAUUCGGGCUGAAGACUAUUCAAUUGUGGAGACAUUGAUCGAGCAUAAAGCUGAUUGUGAUGCUACAGAUGAUGAGGACAUGAAUCCUGUAGAUUAUGUUGCAAAAAUCAAAGGAAAUGGGAAGUUGCUUGAUUUGAUACUCCCUCAUCAACAAGAGGAACGACAGAAAAAGUUAAAAGAAGCAUGUAGCAAGCAGAAAGAAAGGAUGGAUGCCCUUGAAAAAGAGCUGUCAAAUAUUGUGGGUAUGGAUGAACUCAAGACGCAACUUCGAAAAUGGGCAAAGGGCAUUCUUUUGAAUGACAGGCGCAGGGCCAUUGGAUUGAAAAUCGGCACUACUGGAAGACUUCCUCACAUGGCAUUUCUAGGAAAUCCAGGAACGGGUAAGACUAUGGUGGCUCGAAUCCUUGGUAGACUACUCCAUAGUGUGGGAGUUUUGGAAACCGAUAAAGUAAAAGAAGUUCAAAGGACAGAUUUAAUUGGUCAAUAUAUUGGUCAUACUGGACCAAAGACUAGGAGUAAGAUCAAAGAAGCCGAAGGAGGCAUUCUUUUUGUAGAUGAAGCAUAUCGACUAAUACCAGAGGAGAGAAGUGGCCGUGAUUAUGGGUUAGAAGCCUUAGAAGAGAUAAUGUCUUGCAUGGACGAUGGAAAAGUUUUAGUCAUAUUUGCUGGCUAUAAUGAAGCAAUGAAUCGUGUAAUAUCUUCUAAUGAAGGUUUCAGCAGAAGAGUUACUAACCUUUUUAAUUUCAAAGACCUGAGCUGUGAAGAAUUAGCUAAUGUUCUCCAUACCAAGAUGAAAAAUCAGCCGAAGGAUAGCUUGUUGUAUGGAUUUAAAUUGCAUUCAGAUUGUACCGUGGACGCCAUUGCAGAGUUAAUAAAGAGAGAGACAAUAAAAACACAGCGCAUGAAGAUGAAUGGAGGUUUGGUGGAUAUAAUGUUAAAUAAUGCCAAGGGGAAUUUGGAUCUUAGGCUUAGUGAUGAUUGUGCAGAGAGGGAUGAAUUGCUUACCAUCAAAUUAGAGGAUUUUGAAGCAGCCAUGGAGUUUAUACCCGAAUAGAUGUUUGGCUUUAUGCCUUUUUGAAUAUUUGAGUGUGAGGAAAUUUUAAUUUGUAUUUGCAGUAAGUAUUAUAAGAAUUUGUAUUUGCGUCUGUGUGUUUAACAAAAAUGAUGGUUCAUUAUAAUAAUUGAGGACACUCACUCCUAGUAUUUUCCCAAAA